UGCAAGGAAUACCUGUAGAAACUGAGAGAUCCUAAACAGGAACGCGAGAGUGUAAAUACUUGUGAAAACUGGAUGAAUGAGUGUUUAGGGAACAACUGUGAGAGUAUUGGAGGGGAAACAUUUGAAGGUGGAAGUAUAUAGUAAAUGUUUCUGUAACUUCUUGCCAGGAACGUGCUGUGAAUGAGACAGUAUAUACCGAGUUCAGAGACACAAAAACUCUGAGACAGAGUAAGACCCGAGGAUAAAUCUGAGAGAGGAUUCGGAGAAACAGCAGUAACAUGGGCAGCAAGGAGCGAUACCAUUGGCAGACACAGAAUGUGCGUCAAAGUGGUGUGGACGACAUGGUUCUCCUGUCAAAGAUCACUGAGGAUGCCAUUGUGGACAACCUUAAGAAGCGCUACAUGGAUGACUACAUAUUUACAUACAUAGGUCCUGUGCUGAUCUCUGUUAACCCUUUCAAGCAGCUACCUUAUUUUACUGAGCGUGAGAUUGAAAUGUAUCAAGGAGCGGCGCAGUAUGAAAACCCACCUCACAUCUAUGCACUAGCAGAUACAAUGUACAGGAAUAUGUUAAUAGAUGGGGAAAACCAAUGUGUUAUUAUCAGUGGAGAAAGUGGAGCUGGGAAGACAGUAGCUGCUAAAUAUAUCAUGGGAUAUGUCUCCAAGGUGUCUGGAGGUGGUCCCAAAGUGCAGCAUGUGAAGGAUAUUAUUCUGAAAUCCAACCCACUACUCGAGGCAUUUGGAAAUGCAAAAACUGUUCGAAACAACAAUUCAAGUCGAUUUGGUAAGUACUUUGAGAUUCAGUUCAGCCGUGGAGGAGAGCCGGAUGGGGGAAGGAUCUCCAACUUCCUUCUGGAGAAAUCUCGUGUUGUUAGUCAGAAUGCAGGAGAGAGAAGCUUCCAUAUCUUCUAUCAGCUACUGGAAGGUGCCACCUCUGAGGACAGGGAGAAUCUAGGAAUCACUUCUCCAGAUUAUUACACUUACCUUAACCAGUCUGGUGUGUAUCUCGUGGAGGAUGUCAGUGACAAGAAAGAGUUUUCAGAGACUAUGGCUGCAAUGGAUGUGGUGGGAAUCCCAAUUGAGGCACAGGCCUCUGUGCUGCAGAUAGUGGCUGGAAUCCUUCACAUGGGCAACGUCUCAUUCAAAGAGAGCGGGAACUAUGCAGUGGUGGAGAGUUCAGAUUUCCUGGCGUUUCCCUCCUACCUCCUUGGCAUUGACGCGACUCGACUUCAGGAAAAGUUGACCAGCCGUAAAAUGGACAGUAAAUGGGGUGGGAAGUCGGAAGUCAUUGAUGUUACCUUGAAUGCUGAGCAGGCCUGUUUCACCCGUGAUGCCCUUGCCAAAGCACUAUACACUCGUCUAUUCGACUACCUGGUAGAGGCAGUUAAUAAAGCGAUGAGAAAAGAUACAGAGGAAUAUAAUAUUGGAGUCCUGGAUAUUUAUGGCUUUGAGAUUUUCCAAAAAAAUGGUUUUGAGCAAUUCUGCAUCAACUUUGUGAAUGAAAAGCUGCAGCAAAUCUUUAUCGAGCUCACAUUAAAAGCUGAACAGGAUGAAUAUGUACAGGAAGGAAUCAGAUGGAGCCCAAUUGAAUAUUUUAACAAUAAAAUAGUGUGCGACCUUAUUGAGAACAAGCUGAGCCCACCAGGUAUAAUGAGCAUUUUGGAUGAUGUUUGUGCCACAAUGCAUGCCAAGGGGGAAGGAGCAGAUCAGACGCUGCUGCAAAAACUACAGAGCGCUAUUGCCAGCCAUGAGCAUUUCAGCAGCUGGAAUAAAGGCUUUGUCAUUCACCACUAUGCUGGAGCGGUCUCAUAUGAUGUCAAUGGAUUCUGUGAACGUAAUCGGGAUGUUUUGUUCACGGAUCUGAUUGAGUUGAUGCAGAGCAGUGAAAUACCUUUCAUCAGAGAACGAUUCCCAGAAAAUCUCAAUGCUGAGAAAAAAGGAAGGCCUACCACAGCCAGUAGCAAGAUCAAGAAACAAGCCAAUGAUCUAGUGCAGACUCUAAUGAAAUGUACCCCCCAUUACAUCCGCUGCAUUAAGCCUAAUGAGUCCAAGAAACCACGAGACUGGGAGGAGAGCAGGGUGAAACAUCAGGUGGAAUAUCUAGGUCUCCGAGAGAAUAUUCGUGUGCGCCGAGCAGGAUAUGCUUACCGCAGGGUCUUCAGAAAGUUUCUGCAACGGUAUGCUAUUUUGACCCGGGAAACUUGGCCUGAAUGGAAAGGAGAUGAAAAGAAAGGGGUGCUGCAUCUCCUUAGUUCAGUGAACAUGGAUGCGGACCAAUACCAGCUCGGCAAAACCAAAGUAUUCAUCAAAGCACCAGAGUCUCUCUUUUUGCUGGAGGAGAUGCGGGAGAGGAGAUAUGAUGGCUUUGCGCGAGUCAUUCAAAAGGCAUGGCGCAAACAUACAGCUGUGCGAAAGUACAUCCGCAUGAGGGAGGAAGCCUCAAACAUUGUCCUAAACAAAAAAGAAAGACGAAGAAAUAGCAUCAACCGCAACUUUGUGGGAGAUUAUAUUGGGAUGGAUGGGCGCCCUGAACUCAGACAAUUUGUGGGGCGCAGGGAGAGGAUAGAUUUUGCAGAUACAGUGUUGAAAUAUGACCGCCGGUUCAAGACAUUAAAGCGAGACUUAAUUCUGACCCCCAAGUUAUUGUAUUUGAUUGGUCGGGAGAAGGUGAAGCAAGGGCCAGAAAAAGGUCAGAUCAAGGAGGUGCUAAAGAGGAAGAUUGAGCUGCAGAACAUCCAGUCUGUGUCUAUGAGUACUUUGCAGGAUGAUUUCCUUAUUGUACACGAAUCACAAUAUGACAGUGUCCUGGAAUCCGUAUUUAAGACAGAAUUUCUCAGUCUUUUGUACAAAAGAUUUGAGGAAAGAACACAGAAGAAAUUACCACUGAAAUUCAACAACCAGUUGGAGUUUAAGGUGAAGAAAGAAGGCUGGUCACCAUGGGGGGCUGCAGGGACUCGGCAGAUCCAGUUCCAGACAGGAUUGGGAGAUAUGGCGCUAACGAAGAUAAAUGGGAAGGUGUUGAUUGUAUCAGUGGGACCUGGACUUCCCAAAAACUCACGUCCCACUCGGAGGGAUAAUCGGAAGAGUCAGUAUUUGGGUGGCAAGAAUCAGACACCAGUCAGCCAGCAGAUUGGUGUGCAAAAGGCAAACGGGGGCACUAGAAGGGGGGACUUUCAAAAGAGAAAAUCUUUCACCAUACGACAGAACAGCAUAGACCAACCAUCCUUACCAAGACAGGGUGCAAGUCCUCGUGCCAAGGCGGCUCCUGCACAAGUUGAUUUAGACUUCAUGAAUGUGCCAGAUAAAGGCAUGGCAGGGGUACAUAGACGACUUUCAAAGGAAGUGAAGCCUGUACCAGGUGGAGGGAGAACCAAGCCAGUUCCAAAGCCCAAACCACAGCCAGCUGUUCCCCUCUGUCGAGCUCUCUAUGCAUAUGAUGCCCAGGACACUGAUGAGCUGAGCUUUAAUGCCGAUGAUGUCCUGGAGAUUGUAAGAGAAGAUUCGUCAGGAUGGUGGCAGGGUCGGAUCAGAGGCCGAGAGGGUCUGUUCCCAGGAAACUAUGUAGAGAAGAUCUAAAUAUUUGUAGAAGACUAACAGAGACAUUAUACCACAUUUGAUUUGCCUGGUCUGGAGUUAUGAGGAGAGACUGGACCUCUCCCUGGCUUUACUGCUUGUCUUCAUCCAGGACUAACUAAUGUCACAUGCACACAUGAGAGUGUGUUUGUUAGCUUUUUAAUAAAAGGGACCAUUAUUGCUGAUACAGGACAAUGCAGGGAUGGACCCCUGGGUAGAGUGGUGCAAUAUCUAGUUUUUUUUAAAAGUCUGACAAAAAUAUAUUUUAACUUUUUUUUUUUUUUUUUAAUGCGUUUUGUGCCAAAUAACUUUAGAUAGGUGAAAUAUUUUAAAAUGAUACUUUUAGCUCCUUUCAUGUUGGUAAAUUUGAAACUUUACCUUUUAAUGACAAAAAUAGCUUGUCCUGGCACUGUGUCGCCAUAUAUUACAGAAAAACUCAACGCGAACAAACCAUAUGAACAAAUAACUACCAAAGUCAUUGACAUCUGAUGGUUUUUAUUCUCCAUGCACAUUUUAUCUCAGGAGAAAAAUACAAUAAAUGAUAUAUUUAAGCAA